AUGUUAUGGCAUCGCAUAAGUAGGAAAGAUCGUGACUUCAUGAGUAUAACGGCGGUAAAGGAUUGGCUGGUGCUUAGCAGAAUAUGGAGCAUUUCUUGUUUGGUUCUUGGUUUGACCUUACCGGCCAUUAGCACGACAAGUAACGCACUGGGCUCAGAAAAGAAGAUUGUAACCAACUCUGUGGUAGCUGCCUUUCUUCAAUGCUUCAGCAUACACCAGAUAACUACCAGUAAUGGGAUAGACCACCUGUCUCAAAGCCAACUAGCACGCAAAGCCGUGAUCCAUUCUCCAAGUCUCAAAGGCGCCGUUAAUACUAACCCAAUAGCACUAGAGUUUGCCAAUAACGUGGUUUUGUACUGGCGCUAUGACCCGACCCAGCCUCGUUCUAGAAACCAUUUGGCCUCUCUUACUCAAAUUCAGUAUAUCGCGUGCACUCGGGCAAUCUUUACUGAUGUCAUGAUCCUGGCCGAUGACACCGCUGCACUUGAAGCAUUCUUCCAUACUCUUAAUAUAAUGUGCUGCACCGAAGACAUUAUCGUUGGUGUUUGUCAAAUGAGCAUAACAACACUCCAACUUGCCCCUCUCCUGCAGUUUGGUGAAAGUGGGUAUAACUACUUGGAAAAGCAUAGCUACUGUCAGAACCUGUUCUUCUUUUCGGACGAGCACACGCCAAAUGGAAAUAUCCUCUGUAUCAAGCAACUUAUAUUCCGUCGGAUUUCAAAACUAGAAGUCUAUUGUGACCAUUUGGAAGUCGUUGAUUUUCUGGGCCGACUUCGCUGGAACUCUAUUGCUUCAGUUACCUUGCAUCAUAUUCAGUCGGUACGCCAGGUUAACUGCUCCUUUGGCCAGGCAGGUCCCUUUAAGGAGUUGUCUUUCAUUGUUAAUUGUGAAUCGUCGCCACUAUCCAGCCUUGUCUUUACGAACCUUUAUGAAGAAGCUAGCUACCUUACACCAAAGACUCAUCUUACAAUCAGCCCGAUAGUUAUUACUAAACUUGCAAAGCAAUCAUCCCCCAUAAACUCCAAAAUUCUACUCAGCAGUAUUUCCUUUCCCCGUCUAUCCCGUAUCGAACGCCCCCAAGGAAUAGCUAUACCUACUGAGCAUCCAAUUCUGUUCCAAGCCAAUACUGCUUAUAUAGGCCAUGCUUUUGGAUGGAUGUCUGUUGAAAAGAAGCAAUGGCUGGUGAAUGAAUACUAUCCCCGCAUUCUUGCCAAUAUGGAAAUUGUCGCCACUGUCGUUAAGAUUAAUGAAUGUCCCAGCCCCUUGGUGAGCACUGCCCAGAAAGACUUAGAGAACCUUCUGCUCUAUUUUAAGCCUAAACACGAUGUGAAAUCUCCUGACGCAAUACCAGUUUCUAGUGGUCUAGCCACGUCGAACUCUCUUGUUUUUUCCCUCGUUGAUGUCUCAGUACGGGCACUUGGCGUCCUUGAUGAGUUCGCAACCCAUUAUUUCCAGAUUUUCCCAACCAGGCCCACGCCUUAUGACCUAGUCCACAUCUAUGGAUCAAAGAAAUCCUCUAGUACUAAUAUUGAUGCUUUCCAAACAAUUCUUGGCCUUGUUGGCUCUAUCUCUGCUAAAACUCUCCAUAUUCAAAACAUUCGAACAAAGUAUCCUAGCCAGACAAUUGCCUAUAUCAAUAUUCUGCACUUGUUAGAUAACGCCCAUGAUGUAGACAACUGCCACUACGAAUACAUUAUUCUUUCCAAUGUCUCCUGUGAUAUAAUCAUGCUUAUUCUGGCUAAGUACAUCUUUAUUGCCCCGACCGAGGUUAUUAUCCUCCACCACCCUUUAACCGACUUCUUCUUCCUUAAUGCCCUUUAUAUUAACAAUGAGCUCACUAAAACUACUACGCUGGCCCACUUAUCCAUCACUAUCCAUCCAAUUAAUGAAGACUUCCUAAAACUUCCGAGCGACAACUACUCUAACUCCCGCUUCUUAUCUUUCCUAUCCCGAAUAGUUAUAAACAAAGCGUCCUGCCACCCUAAUCUUCUAGCACAAAUACAGCAAUGUCCUUAUUUAAAUACUAUGCGGCUGGUGUCAGAUACUGAUUGUCUGUCCCUAAGCUCUGAUUUCGAUGGGUAUCUCUCCUUUCCCAAAACAGAGCCCAAGCCGUACUUGAUACUUUUUAAGUGUGAUAUCAAAUACAUCCUAACCCAAUACUCUUCUACUCCCCAGUCUAACUUUUACCAGAAACUCUUUACCACCUACCCAUACUCAAUCAAAACCCUGGUUCUAGACUUCAACCAGCAAUCUUUCUGUGUAGAGUACAUAGACCAACUUAUUACUUGGGUUGUCACUAACUUCCCCACAAUCUCUUUUCUCUACAUCACUAACAUCAGAAUUAAUAUGCACACCUAUCCUCCAGUGGCUUUCCAUCUCUUCAGCCGGGCUAUGCAACGCUACAACAUCCUAGUAUGUUGCUACUAUAUCACUGAUACUUCUAUUCGCAUUCCCCUGCCCAAACUGCAUCUAUAG